GCAGCUGUAAAUGGUGAAGUCUUCACCCUCGAGAGCGACAGAGGGCGGAAUAAGGAGCACCCAGUACUUAAAAACAAGAAGCCUUCAGAGCAGGAAAUUAGAGAGGGAGCAAAGUCUGGGAGAGAUACCAUUCUCCCCGCCCACAACACGCUUUUGGCUGAGGAAACCUGCAGAGCCUGUCUGAGCCUGCCAGCAACAGCAGGUUUAGUGGAGACAGAGCUGCACUCGACCUGCGAUGGCUCUACUGACCGUGCAAAGACUCCCCUCCAUCUCCACCGCUCCAGAUGAAAGCCUCCAAAGAAGAGGGAGACUUCAGAAAAGGGAGAGCUUUGCCCUCGUGAAGGGCGCUGUCCUCCUGCUGGAAGAGGGCGAGAGGGUGGGCGUUGAUGUAGAGAAUUCUACCGCUCCAACUUCUCCUGUGAAGGAAGGAAGUAAAGCGCAAGACAUGCGACACAGACACCUUCACGCCAUGGUUGAACAGCUCCGACCAGAAGAUACCAUCAAGCUGGCAGUGCAGUUAGAGUCCGGCAGCUUGGUCAGAAUCAGGUAUCUGAUCGUUGUCUCCACCCUCAGCAGCAAAGAAGAAAGCAUCCUGCUUGGCAUGGAUUUCCCCAGCUCGGACAGCGAUCACUGCACCAUUGGCCUGGUUCUGCCUGUAUGGAGCGACACACAGGUGUACCUGGACGGAGACGGUGGUUUUAGCGUGACGACAGCUGAAGAGACCAGAAUUUUUAAGCCUAUUUCCAUGCAGACCAUGUGGUCAGUGCUGCAGGUGUUGCAUGGCUGCUGUGAACGGGCGGUCAAGGCAGCGUUGAUCCCAGGCAAUGGCCUGGAGUGGGCUCAGCACUACCAGCAGCACACCGAGUCAGACCGCCUCUGCCUCAACGAAUGGGAGGCCAUGCACGACCUGGAGUCGGUCCGCAGGGACAGCAAUGGACAAAGCACAUCAGAACGAAUGUCCAAUGAGGCGCUGAUCAAAGAGCACCUGAGAGACAUCAUGAGGACUGAAGACCUGGACCACCUCACGUCUAAAAUGGUGCACUCUGCCCUGAAGACCAGAAUAGGCUUCGACAUGAGACCCUAUAAGGAAUACAUUGACAAUGAGAUCCUGGUCACCAUGGCUCAGAUGGACAAACCCUCCAAAAUAUUUGACUAUCUGUACCUGGGCUCUGAGUGGAACGCAGCUAACUUUGAGGAGCUGCAGAAAAACAAUGUGGGCUACAUUCUGAAUGUGACGCGGGAGAUCGACAACUUUUUCCCAGAGUCCUUAACUUAUAUGAACAUCAGAGUGUACGAUGUGGAAGCCACCGACCUGCUCUCUCACUGGACCGACACAUUUAACUUCAUCAACACUGCGAGGAAGAGCGGACAAGCCGUGUUGGUGCACUGUAAGAUGGGUAUUUCUCGCUCUGCGUCCACAGUGAUCGCCUACGCCAUGAAGCAGCAGCGCUGGUCUCUGGAUGUGGCGUUGACCUACGUUAGGGAUUGCCGGGCCAUAGUCAAGCCCAAUGAAGGCUUCAUGAAGCAGCUGCAGACCUACAACGGCAUCCUCAACGCGAGCCAGCAGCGUCACAGCGCACUCUGGAGGCGAAAGUCAAGAGACCAAAGACAAAAGUCAAUACGCAAGGAGGAGGAAGGGAAGGAAGAAAGCCCAAAAGACGAGGAAGAAGAAGAUGAGGAGGAUUAUGAGCUGGGUGAUGAGGAUGAUGCAGAGAGUCUAGAUGAAAAAGAUUCAGGUAGCUCAGAUGAAAGAGAUGAGCCAGAGGGAAACGCAGAGGUGUUUGAAGAGCCCGCCCCCCCGUCUGAGACCAAGGAGGGGCCCGGGCAGACAGGGCCAGACAGCACUGGUCCUGUUAUCACAGUCAGUGAACCAGAAAAGGUCAUUCCGAGCGUUAAUCGCAGCGGCAGGAUGAACCUCUUCUCCCUCAUGCAGUCCAUUAGUGAUGAGGAUAAAAGUUGUGAAAAGCUAAUUGGGAGUCCGAGGCGGAUGCGUAGCCAAGGGCGACGGAGUCUUACUCACCAGAAAGCAUGUGUGGAUGUUUCACCUGAGCCACGGAGUCAGCCGGACGCCAGCCAAAGCAAACCCUAAAGUGAUCAAUGAGAAGAGCAGGGAGUUACAUGAGGGAGGCGAGGAAAAAAAAUCCUGAAAACACCUGAAGGAAAGUGUGCACUGGUAACAUGCCAAGGUUUUUCUACACUGAUACGCUCUGGCUUUAUAUUUUACAUUAUCAAAAGUUUUAAUUUAUGUAUCACUGCAUAUCUCUGCUCAUUAUUAUAAUGGCUAAUGGUUCACUGCUGAUAAAAGGAUUUUGCUGUAAUAUUAAUACACCUGUGAAAUCCAGGGUAUCUGAAGUCGUUAUCAGUGUACAUUGCUGUUAUUAUGGUUUUUUCAGUGUUUUUAGACCACAUGCAGACGUAGCAGUCUCUCUCUACAUGUAGUGCACCUCCCUCGUCCCUUCUUCAGCUCUCACAUCACCACCUCAGAGACAAUAUCUAUGCAAUUACUGUCCUCCUUUCUUUCCCUCUGUAUAUAUAAGGCUGUAUGCUGCCAAUACAAGAUAGACAGUUUUAAAUGUCUCUCAUAUUCUCACUCAUCAUAAGUCUUUUUCACAAGACGUUCACUGUAUCUAAGCUGUGCAUCAUGGACCAAGUCAGAGCCAGUUUUAUGGCAGAAGCCUGUUUGCCAAACAAUAUAUUCCUUUGUGCCAAUUAAUUACUAUAUUUCACUGAAUAUCUUUAUCACAUCAGAAAAAAACAAUGUCACCCAUUUUACUUUGAUUCAUUCUUGUUUAAACACCAGGGCUGCACGAGUGCCUUCAACCUGAGAAUGAUAUACGACUCUAUGCCUGGUGUUUUUUAAUGUUUUUACUACGAGGUGAUUGCUGCAUAUUGUAUGAAUCUUGUAGUGUUUCUCUGAUUGCAGUAUAAAUAUGACUUCCCAAAGUUUUGCAUGUAUGCAUAAUUAUAUAUGUAUCGUCACAGAAAUGCUGAUGAGCUUGGGUGCAUGUUAUGUGUUUUUAUACCAACACGUGAGAGCAAAGUGUUCAGGGUUUUCUCAUGUAUUUAAUGGAUUGAGGUAAAUUAUUCAUAAUACUGUCCUCAGACUCACUGGAUGCUGAUGUGGAAUUUUUUUAUUUCACGCUGGUGUUACUUUUGAUCCGGUGAACCCAAGUUUAAAGCUUACUUAAUUUAACCUGCAUGCUCCCUGUUAAAGAAAACAUGCACUUUAUAAUCCCACAACACACACAGAGUCCCCACUGCCUGAGCCAACAUCACACUGUACUAUGAAUAAAAUGUUCGAUUAUUAUAUUUUAAAAAAUCUUGUCCACAUCUUGUGUUAAGCUCUCCACUGUCUGCACCUCACUCUUGUUUACAACAGGCACUAUGAGUGGAAAAAUAAACGAUUAUACACAAA